AUGUCGUUUGUAGCCAUAGACUACACUUUUCUGGGGAGACAAUCAAACUUUAUUAAACCUACAUGUGUGCUGAUAACAAGGAAUUUAAGGACAAAAGUGAUAGCAAGUCCACCUAAGUUGAAGAGAGAAGAGCAGGAAGAGUUUGAACAGUUACAGAGGACCGCAAACUCUGAAGAUACGAUUAGAAAAUACAAUGAAAAUAUAGAUCCAUUAAGUGAAAGUCAAAAUUCAAGCAUUUUGUCAAGUGAAGUAGGGCAGUUUUCGCCUGAAUUUACCAAAACAAUACCUGAGUUUGAAGGCAAUGUUAAUCCAGUAACAGGAGAGGUGAAUGGUCCCAAACAGGACCCUUUGCGUCACGGUGACUAUUCUUUUAACGGUAGGGUCACCGAUUUUUAA